UUAAUGAGAUAUACUACAACAGUUUGUUACAUUGAGCCUGAGAACUUGUGCGGAAUACUCACAAACCUUAUUGUUUUUUAACGGGACAAUGAAACCGUCCUUGGAUUCUGACGAGGAGGAAGAAUUAGGAGCAUUACAGAAAACAUUGAGAGAGAGAGCCAACCGCAGUAUCCAGCACCUUUCCAGCAUGUUGGGAGGCAACAGCUCUGACUCUACAGAAUCAAACGAGCACCAGGAAAUGCUGAACACACUACUGCAAAACCCCUGUAUGCCAGUUCAACAAAGUGAAGCAGCCAACCAGCUGCGUUCUUUGCUUCAAAAGCAGUCCAAAGAUGCAAAUGUUCAAUCACCGUUUUCUUCCAAGAGGAAAUUGGUUGCAAAGCAAAUAGCCACAGAUGAGGGCAGUAGUAUUCUGCCUGGUGUUCAUGACCUGGUUCCUAUUAUUCACAAUCAAUCUGAGUACAUUCAGCACCUGGAGGCUGAGGUCAAGUUCUGCAAGGAGGAACUCCUUGGAUUGAAACAGAGAGUGAGAGUGGUGGUGGUGGAGAAUGAUAAACUACACCAGGAACUCAAAGCAAAGACAGUGGAAGACACUCUUAAAGAAUACACGCUCAUAGACAGCACGCUAAACAUGGAGCCCACACCAGAAAAGACUCCACAACCAAGACUAAGCUCCUUUAUUCAAACGGAGCACCACAAGUGGAAGAAAGAAAUGGAGCAGCUCAAGUGUCUCUAUCAAGCACAAAGAGAGACCCUGGAGGCUCAAGUGGUCUCCCUGAAGAAAGACUUGGCAAGCAUUCAGAAGGAGUAUGUGGACUUGAAAGAACGGCUGCGACACAAAGAAGCGAUGGCUGUGGCAGCGAGCAGUGGUCAGCGUGUGGGUGGUCUGUGUCUGAAGUGUGCCCAGCAUGAAGCAGUCCUGGCAGAGACACACUACAAUGUCCAUGUCCAGACCACUGAAAGACUCACUAAAGAGCGGGAUGAGCUAAUGACCGUUCUGUGCUCUCUGAGGGCCAGUCAGUCUGAGGCCCAGCAGAGAGAAUGGGCAGCAUAUCAGCAGGUCAAACAGGCAGUGGAGAUGGCAGAAGAGGCAAACCUGGAGAAGACGAGAGCACUGGUGCAGUGUGAGCACUUCCACAGCGAGCUGACGAGACAAAGAGAGAGGCUGGAGAGGGAGCUGGCUUCUGAGCAGGACAAGAUCUCUCAGGCCAGGGAGGCAUCAAGGGCAGAGAGCAAGAAAGAGAAAGAGGAGCUUGCCAAGACUGUGACCAGUCUGUCUCAGAGAGUGGCUGAAUUGGAAGGUCUGCUGGAGAGGGGAGAGAGAGACAGGAAUUCACUCAAUGGCCAGCUGGAGGAAGCCUAUAAGAAACUCACUGCACAGGAAGCAGACAACAGCAGGGUAUGUGCGGAGCUGCGUUUUCUGUUGAGCCAGGCCCAGAUGAAGAAAGAGGAGGCAGAGAGAGAGGUGAGAGACAUCAGCUCCAAACUGGGCCACCAACUAGAACUGGUCGAGCAGGAAGUACAGAAGCUGGGUGUGGAACUGAGCGGUUGCCGGCAGCGUUUGGAGGAGGCCCAGAGGGCAGAGGGCCGAGCCCGGGUGGAGGCAGCCGGCCUGGCCGAGGGGCUAAGCCGCGCUCAGCGCCAACUGCACCUCACCAGGCAGGAGAAGGAGGCGGUAGAGAGCUGCUGCGGCGAGGACAUGGCUGCUCUGACCUUCCGGGCACAGCAGCGCGAACAUGAGCUGACACAGACUCUCCAGCAAAUGGAGGCGCAGCACGAGAGGAGUGUGAGAGAAACAGACACUUUGCUUAGUGCACAGAAUAUCCUGAUUGGAAAACUGAAGGAGGAGUGUCACACACUUGGUGCAAAGCUGGAGGAACUGGCCCAGAGCAGCAGAGUGGAGAUCGAGCAGUUGUCUCUGGAGAGAGAGCACCUGCAGGAGAGCACAGAGAAACUGCGAAGCCGCUGUGAAGAGAUGGAGGAGCAGUGUGUGCAGCAUGGAAGGAUGCACCAGCGCAUGAAACAGAGACUGCAGCAGCUGGAUCAGCAUGGUCAGGCCAGCUCUCAGCAGGUGAUGGAGCUCCUCAGCAGACAAAACCAGCUCAUGCAGGAGCGGCAGCAACUCGCAGAAGAGAUGCAGAACCUAAAAGUCCAGUUGCAUGCUGAGCAGAGAUUGGACGUGCUGGCUAUGUGAGCGGGGCAACCACAUCUCCAUGGCGUCAGGGACACUUUUGGAGAUCAUGUGAUCACUAUAUAAUCGCCAUCGCUGCUGCUUUCAUAAGUUUAGUUCUGCACCGAAGAACUUAUCUUAUGACACAUUCCGUCCAACCAUAGAAUGUUAAAUAAUCAUGAGUACUUAAUACUUAAGGUACUUAAUAUUGAGACAGUAACCGUCAUUUUUCACUUAUUUUAAAAGAGCACCUCCACUUAGGGCACUUCUGAGUCAAACACUUGGCCUCUCACCCUACAUUAUCAAUUUCAGUAGUUUUAUUGCUUUUGAAUAUAUUAAUGUUUGUUUUCAAAAAUGCAUUUUAUUUGUUUGUGUGACUUAGGGACAGAUUUAUUGAUGCUGAUUUAUACUUUUUGUAAAAUGUAUUAUUAAAUUAUUUUCAAAUAUUUUAUCUGAGUGCUGAAUUCAGGGGUGUACAAAGAAUCUGAAAAGUAGGUUGACUCAUAAAACAUCAGCUUGGUUUACAAAUAUGCUAGCAAUAGUAGAAUUACUGCUUAUGUGUUUGGUUAUCGAAGCAACUGUUUAGCAGAGGCAUUCGCUUGGACUUAAAGUUGUCAGUUUAUGUGGCAGAUAUUUUUUCCUUUGCACUGUGACCAAGCAAAAUGAAAUUCUUCAAACAAAAUAAUUUCCCCAAAAGAAAUGAGCUGCAUCCACAUUCACUUACUAUCAUAUUAUGUCUGUGUAGAUAGACAUUUACAUAGACUGAAGAACGUCCUUCCCAUUUCUUAAUAAAGUAUAUUCUUUAGGGAUGUAGGUGAGCAGUACGACUACAUUCCCAGACAUACUUCAUUGGUGAAUGGGGGCAAUGUCCUGUGAUUUAAAAUAUAUGAUGUUGUAACAACAAAUGUGAAGACUUUUUUGGUAUAAACAGCUUGAAAAGAGCUGCAUGACUCAUGAUUUUCAAAGUGCCCAGUAGAUGCUCACUUUAGAAUCUCAUCUGAUGUAGUAGGUCAUUCAGGUAUUUCUCGCUUUCUGUUUUAUGAAUACUGAGAGUUCGAGCAUACUACUUCGCUGACACUGCUUUUGCCAUAUUAUAUAGUAGAGCUGGCGACUAUGUCGAUUAAUUAGAAUUAAAAUUUUUGAUGCCAUUUUUUUAUUUUAUUUUUUUAAAUUGAGGUCUUGCAUAAAACAUUAACAGACACUGCAUUUGGAUCCACAAAUGGCUGAAUAUAAAAGAGAAAAACAAAUGUACACAGCACGUGGCUUGAUGCUGCCAUCAAUCUGAUAAACUGAACAUGUGUGGCAGCAUGCUUCAACGUAACAUAUGUUAACAACACGGAGACCGAUAUAAAGCUGGUAAUAUUUCUAGUGCGAUUGUAAAGUGUGAUUGUUGGUAGGCUUCGUCCAUCAUGCAAGUUUACACUGGCUUAAUCAAACAAUAACUAUGUUCUGUCUAAGUUGUGUAAGUCAUGAAGCACUAAGCUACAUUUUCUGAAAUGUCAACAGAAAUUAUGUGUUUAUAAUAAAUUGUAAGAACAUACAUGACAGUUAUGGGCUCUUCAUAACAAAUCAUAUAUGGAUAGGCUACAAAUGGGAUAAUCAUCCACAUCUCCAUUUAACAUGAUGAUUCAGAUAGAUUGCUAAUAAUUGCUUUGUCCUGUGACGUGCUUCAAAUGUACUGCACUCGUUUUCAUUUAGAAAACGAAGAAAUCAUUUUGACAAACAGCGAUAUCAUUUAAUUUUGCUGCGCUAGAGGGUGCCACAUGCUCAAAGCACAGACUUGCGUUGUUAUUUUAAACUGAGUUUUUUUGCUUCUUGCGUUUUUAACUACACUUAAAUAUUUCUGAUAUCUGGGGCCGGUUGCAUAAACAGCCAUUAACUUAAGACUGCAUCUAACAAUUAGUUUGACUAGCUAAAGACGCCAUAGAAAGCCUGUUGCAUAAAACAAGCUCACAGUUGUCUUUAGUAAGAAGUCUAAUUUGCAUUGUAUUGUGGGAAAAAUAAGACACUGAACAGCUUAAAACAAAAUGGCCGACAGUGGACGCUCAAUACAUUUUAUUAUUCGCUGAGAAUAUUUGCUUAUUAGAGGACUACAAUGCUUCAAAAUGUAUUUUAAUAAACACAUUUCGUGAUUUAACCCAAAUAAUUAAAAACACAACAUUUUGUUACCAUUUUUGAAGUCAAAGUCUUCAACCAAGUCUCAACUCAAGCCCCUUUCAGCCCCCACUGGCUCAGCUGACAGUUAUUUUCAAUGGCAAAAUGGAAUGUAAACAAAAGUUAGCCUGAUGUGUGCUGUCUUACAUUUUGGUCUUUAAUUAGACUGAUCUAAGUUUUUAUGCAACUGACUGAAAAACCAAAGCAAUAUUUUAGACAACUAACUAGUAAGACUAGUCUAAAAUAGUUUUAUGCAACCGACCCCUGGACUCUAUCUGCAGUUGUUAUGGUUAUACAUACAAAUUGAUUGAUAUACUAAAAAUAAUUUCUAGGUAAAUGUGACUAUUUCUGUACAGUUUUGUAGAUGGACUUGAUUUAGAUAAAAAA